AUGGAGGGCGUAUCGCUGCUGGAGCGGUACCUGGAGAGCUGCAGUGGGCAGGAUGACUUCUCCACUAGUCCUCAUCUGUUCACUCCUAUGAGCCCUUAUGAUUUAGAACUUCCAAUUCAAGCAUCUUCCCAGUUAAGUGAGUCCAAGGAGCUCCACACAGACUUCUCCUCCGUGGACCUCAGCUUUCUCCCAGAUGUCACCCAAGACAACAAAGAACAAAGCCUCUCUGAGGAUGCUCAGGAAACCCAAAAAGAGCUUGAUGGGUCCCUCCCAAGUAAGGAGGACAGUGGUGUUUUCAUGGAUGAGAGCAGCUUGUCACAUCCAGGUGCAGCUGAGCCAUCUCCUGAAGCUCCUGGCGUGUGUCCUCCCCUGACUCCGAUGACUCCGAUCACCCCGGCAACAUCUGCCUCAGAAAGUUCUGGAAUAGUCCCCCAGCUGCAGAAUAUUGUGUCAACUGUAAACUUGGCUUGUAAACUGGAUCUGAAGAACAUAGCUCUGCAUGCCAGAAAUGCAGAGUAUAACCCAAAGAGGUUUGCUGCUGUCAUCAUGAGAAUCAGGGAACCACGAACAACAGCCCUCAUCUUCAGUUCAGGAAAAAUGGUCUGCACAGGAGCAAAAAGUGAAGAGCAGUCGAGGCUGGCAGCCAGGAAAUACGCACGGGUGGUGCAGAAGCUCGGCUUCCCUGCCAAGUUCUUGGACUUCAAGAUCCAGAAUAUGGUGGGGAGCUGUGAUGUGAGGUUCCCCAUCCGCCUGGAGAGCCUGGUUCUCACCCACCAGCAGUUCAGCAGCUAUGAGCCUGAACUAUUCCCUGGCCUGGUUUAUAGGAUGGUCAAACCAAGGAUAGUGCUGCUGAUCUUUGUGUCUGGGAAAGUUGUACUGACUGGAGCAAAAGACCGUUCUGAAAUCUAUGAGGCCUUUGAGAACAUCUACCCCAUUUUAAGAGGCUUCAAGAAACCAUCGUGACACAGCUCCCAGAGCAAUCCAGAACAACCCCUGGGCUUGUGUUGCUGUGCUUGGAGCAGAACCAAGGGCAUUCCUGGACACAUCUGUGGACUAUUAAGCAAAUUAUUCAUUUUGGAAUGCCACAUAUGCUGAUGCCUUUCUAUAGCUUGUGAAAUGUUCUUUUCUUUCAGAUUAUCUGAGCUCUGACAAUUUCUGUCAAGUUAAAGCACUUGAUAAAUGAAUGCACUUUUGAUAGAAUGUAUGUUAAGGUGGCACUUAAAAAUAUUUUGCAAUAGAAGCCAUGUGUCUCCUUCCCUGUUGAACAGGUGAAUCCACACUGCACUUCAAACUGGAUUAAUCGGAAUCCUCGGCUC